AUGUACAAACUCUUGAAACCACCAAUCAAACUCCAACUUUGGUGGCCACACAUGACAAAAGAAGAGAUUAUCGAUGGUGGUGACGGUGGUGGUUUUGAAACCCUAGGCGACGACAAGACUCUUCGUCUCCAUCUCCGAUGGCAUCGUACAGGUGAUUAUGCACAUGUGAACAAGGAGAUCAUCGAUCUCGAAACCCUGGCUGAUGGUGUUCGUGAAACCCUAAGCGACGAUUUGAAACCAUGGCCUGUUUUCUUGGUCGUUGAAGGUGGUCGACGGGACAAGAGUUGUGCUCAGUGGUUGAAGGUGGCUCACGGUGAAGAUGAUGACCGGUGGAGGAGAUUACAAGAUGGUGAUUGGAGAAGAAGGGGUAUCCGAUCGGAAAAUGAGGAGGAAAGAGAGACUAUGGUGGCGGGCAGUUCUCCGGCGAUGGUGGUUCGCCGCCGGUGGUUGAAAGGCAACGGUGGUGUUUGUGAUUUUUUUGUGAGGGUGAGAAAUCAAUAUCUUAGGGUUAUGUUGAAAGAUAAUUGGGAAGAGAAACAUGGUACUCAUGUGGGCAAUAUGAAUAUGAUGCUUCAAUCUCUUGAAGGAUUUUCUGAUAAUCAACCAUCUUCUAUAAUAGAAGCAGUGAGCUUCAAGCAUCACCAGAAUCAUAAUGUAUCAGAAACUCGACCAGUAGUAGAUAAUGGUUUUAGCCAAAGUGAAGCUCAUAAAUCUUUGCCCCCCAUGGAAGCUUGUAGAACAAAUGCAGAAAAAUCUAUCGUUGGUUCUACUUCUAAUAUGCAAGAAUUGAUAAAGUUUCUAUCUACCAAUUAUGGACCCUUGAAAACGCCUCUUGAGAUGGGAACUCCUGAAUAUUUGAGACUUGUUGAGAUCUUGCAACAGAGUGAUUCUUAUUCAAAAGUUGGAGGACUUGAUAAUAAUAAUGCUACAAGUGUAGUAGGGAUGUCAGAGCAAAAUGAAAUACUAAGCAUAAAUAAUGAUGAUGAAGAGAAAGUAGUUGGGUAUGACAAGAAAAAUGAUUCAAAGAAGCUGUGGGAGGGAUCUCUUCAACUAAGUUCUUCUGUCACUUUAUCCGCAGCUGCCUUCUUUAGAAGUGGUGAGAAAUUGGUUUGUGACAAGUGGCCUGAAUCCAUACAAGUGAAAGGAAAAGUAAGAUUAGAGGCUUUUGAGAAAUAUGUUAAAGAUCUUCCUCGCUCACGCAACCGUGGAUUAAUGGUUAUCUCAGUAUGCUGGAAGGAAGGAUCUUCCAACACUGGGCUAACAGGCAUGAAAGAGGUAGCGAAAGGAUACAAGAAAAGUUCAAGGGUUGGAUUUGCACAAGUUUUAUCAGGAAUAGAUCUUUACAUAUGUCCACGCAGCGACCCCAUCAUCACAAUUUUAGCCAAAUACGGUUUCUUCAAAGGCAUGUCGGUCCUUGAUGACAAGCAACAGGAUUACAUGAUCGGUUGUGUUGUAUGGCGUAAAAACCGUCCUCUAAAUCCUGUAAAUACCAAAAAUACCCCUGAUUCAAAUCCUUCAAUCCAACCUCCAAAUUCCUCACCCUCUUUACCUGAAGAACCUCCUCAGACUUCCAACACUGAAACUGCUACUGAUGUUGACCAUAAUUCUACUCCUGAUACUUGUAAUUUGGUUGUUCAAAAAAGGGCUUUUCAGGAUGAUGUUGAUGAUCUUCCUGAGUUUGACUUUGGUGCCAGAUUGGCGGCAGUGGUCAACUGUCAAAACAUGGAUAAUUCUGUAGAGCAGUUGUCCAAAAAGACUAAACUUUUUGAUGAUAACGAUGAUGACAUGCCUGAAUGGUGCCCGCCCAUGCCGCCAUCCAACUUCCACAAUUUACCAUUAUGCCCUCCACGACCGCCACCCGUUCCUGUCCUGCCACCGCCACGACCUGACACCCGUCCGUCAUUCUCUUAUCAACCGUUUCGACCUUCCAUUACUUCUCCACCGCCAACUUUCAUGGCAACUCCACUUCCACCACCGCCACCACUGCCGCUGCCGCUGCCGCUGCCACCACCACCACCAGGCAGGUUCAAUUCUAAUCAAGGUAUGUGGCAUAGGCCGGGUUUGUCCACUGGUAAUCCGUUGUUUAACAGAAGACCUCCACAGCAUUGAAAUGAAGAAGGAUCUGUAAUGACAGGGUUGGUAGGAAGUUUGUACAUAAGUUGUUUUUUUUUUUUUAAUGAAACAGGUAGAAGGUGUUUUGCAUGGG